CCGAAAUUUAGUUUUGAUUUGAGUUGGAUGAUUCACGCAUCUUCGUUUGCGUGUGGCCUACUACGGUGAUGGUUUCACAGUCGUAACAGAAAAUGAAACCCUCAAACAAAGCGAAGCAAGCAAUGAGCAUAAUAAUUAAAGAGUAAAAUAGCAUAUCAUUAUUCAUUAUACAAAAUUACUAAAGUCAUUUCAGGUAUUCGAAACUUACUUUGGGCUUAAUUCAAAGGUUAGUUAGGUUGGUAUUUUAGGUGAAGAUGUCUCUGCGGAUAAAGGCAGUGGUAGAUAAAUUCGUUGAGGAGUUGAAAGAAGCAUUGGAUGCUGAUAUUCAAGAUAGAAUCAUGAAAGACAGAGAGAUGCAAAGUUACAUCCAAGAACGUGAGCGUGAGGUUGCUGAGCGUGAGGCUGCUUGGAAGGCUGAUCUUUCUCGUCGCGAGGCAGAGAUUGCUCGUCAAGAAGCAAGGCUGAAGAUGGAGAGAGAUAAUCUUGAGAAAGAGAAAAGUGUCUUAAUGGGGACUGCAUCAAAUCAAGAUAACCAGGAUGGAGCUCUUGAAAUUACAGUAAGUGGUGAAAAAUACCGUUGCCUCAGAUUCGCCAAGGCAAAGAAAUAAGACAUUGCUCCACUGACAAAACUUUCUUCACUCCUCCCCUGCCUCCAAACAGAGCUGUUCCUGCUGCCGAUGAAUCACUUUGCAAUUCCUAGCUCAAUUAAUUCACCUUUAGGAACAUGUUUUGAAAUUUAUUUGUUUAGUUGUGUUUAGCUGUAGUUCAUUAUUCCUGUCGGAUUUGUUAAAAGUGAUAUUACUUGCCCGGUUAUACUUUAUAUAUGAUUUUUUUCUAUGUCGAUGAUGCUGGCGACUUCUAUUAAGCUGAAAAAGAUUAAAUACUUUGCCAGUUUAAUGUUAUACAGAAAAUUCUUGUAAUUUUUUGCA